AUGAUGAACGGUUUCUACAAAAAAAAAAAAAUCUGGAAGGCGGUCAACUCGAAGGCACUGACAGCGAGGGAGAGGGAAGUUUGGUUCAAGCUGAUUCUCCGCUUCACCCCGACGCGCAAGCUCCAGCACGAGCAAAAGCACGACACUUCUCCCGCGUGCCUCGUGUGCGAAGCGCCGGUGGACGACACCGAUCACUACUUCUUCGGCUGCGUCGACUCGCGGAACGUCUGGACCGCGGCAAGGGGCGUGCUCUGCGACGCGCUCGGAUGCGACACGAUCGAGGACGCCGAGUAAACGACACUACAACGACUCGUUGGCCUCCCCAAGCUCAAGGCCAAGCUCAGCGAACAGGAAGGCGCAGGCAGGACGAUCGAGAUCUUCACGGGGAUGGUCUUGGAGAUGAUCAGCAGUGGGAGAUGGAGGAUGCAGAAGCACGGGACGAGGAUGGAAAGCCUGGAGCGGAGGAGGGUGGUACUGGAGGAGAGGAUGAAGUUGAGGGCGGGAGGAGCAAGGGGCGGGCGAGGGCAGUAG